UUUCUCUACGGCGCUGCCUCGGAGUGACGGGUUUUCCUUCUCCUGUCUUCAAAUUUAUUAGAGGAAGGACAUCCAUCCAUCCCAUCUUCCCAGGGCCCAUUUUUCUUCUGCUCGCUGCUCUCGGUGUUCCUCCGAGGAUUCUACAUUAACAAGUAAAGCCUUGCUCACGAUGAGAGCCAACUGUGAUCACGUCGACCAGUACGAUGUUGUCAUCAUAGGCGCCGGCAUCUCGGGAAUCAACACGGCUCAUCAUAUACAGUCCAAACUCCCGUCCCUUAGUUACACCAUUCUCGAAGGGCGGGCUGAUAUCGGCGGCACUUGGGAUCUGUUCCGCUAUCCCGGUAUCCGCUCUGACACCGAUCUCUUCACUUUUGGCUUCGGGUGGAAUCCCUGGACCGAAAACCGGGCCAUCGCAGACGGGCAGUCCAUCAUCCGCUACCUGCAGUCGGCCGCCGAGAAAGAAGGUAUCGACGAACACAUUCGCUUCCAGCAUCGCGUCGUCUCCGCAGACUGGGUAACCGAUAGUCAAUCUUGGACCUUGGCAGUCGAAACGCCUGGUGGCCAAAAAAAGAAGAUUGAGACACAAUUCAUCAUCCUCGGCACGGGAUACUACGACUACCAGGAGCCACUGCGGCCGGACAUCCCCGACUUGGAGAACUUCCAAGGGAAGGUCAUUCACCCGCAGUUCUGGCCCGAAGACCUCGACUAUGCUGGCAAAAGGAUUGUCGUCAUCGGCAGUGGCGCCACAGCCAUCACCCUGCUCCCCAACCUGGCAAAAGAUGCGGGACAUGUGACCAUGCUGCAGCGCAGUCCCACAUACAUCAUGUCAAUCGAUAACUCGGCCGGUAGCUCCAUGAUCCACAAGACGAUCCCGCGGUCAUGGUCCUUCAAGCUCAGCAGAUGGCUGUUCAUGUGGACCACAGCCCUCAUAUUCUAUCUCUGCAGGGCUUUUCCCAAUAAGGCCCGGUCGAUCCUGCAGGGCAAGGUGGCCAAGCAGCUCCCCGACCACAUCCCCCUUGAUCCCCAUUUCCAACCCAAAUACCGCCCUUGGGACCAGCGUCUCUGCUUCUCGCCGAAUGGAGACUUCUUCGAAGCCAUGCGAGAAGGUCGGGCCAGUGUCGAAACGGGGAGGAUCAAAACCAUGACGGGGGACACCAUUAUUCUCGAGUCCGGAGAGCAGAUCGUUGCGGACAUCAUUAUCACCGCCACGGGCUUGAGGCUGGGCCUCGGCGGCCGCAUCAGGAUCAGCACCGACGGUAAACCCAUCAACAUUGCUGACCGGCUCGCGUGGAGGGCGGCGCUCCUGCAGGACGUGCCCAACAUGGCAGUCAUGAUAGGCUAUGUCAACGCCUCGUGGACGCUGGGCGCCGAGACAACAGCGCAGCUCGUCUGCCGGCUGUUGAGACACAUGCAGAGCAAGGGAUACACCAGCGCUAUCCCCAGAGUCCCGGACGAGUCCAACAUCCAGCCGCGCUUGAUGUGGAAUCUAGAUGCCACAUACGUUAAGCAGGCGGCGGGCCACAUGCCCAAGGUCGGCAACGCCGGGCCGUGGACAGGACGGACCAACUACUUUUGGGACCUCUUCCGGGUUCGCUAUGGGAGGAUCACCGCUGAUAUGGAGUUCUCCAAAGGGCCUGGGGGCCCAAAGAUGGGCGAAAGGUGGUGGAGGAAGGCUUCGUAGGGAAGGCGAUCUAGGACUAGUAUCUAAAUUAAUUAUAGGUCUCACUCUGUUAUUCGUAACUAG